AUGGCAAGAACCAUAUCAAUAAAGAUUACUUAUUUGUUACAUAUUGAUGAUAUUAGUUAUGCUCGAGGUAUUGGCGCUCUAUGGGAUGCAUUUACGACUCAGAUACAACCAAUAGUUGCUCGCGUGCCUUAUAUAGUCGGCAUUGAUAAUCAUGAAUAUGAUCAUAUCAUAGAAAGAGAUAAAGAUUCAAGCAACGCAUCAGGUCUUGGAGGAUUUAGACUAAGAUGUUUUGGUGUCGGUUCAAUACAUAUAAUUUAUUAUUCAACUGAACAUGAUUUUCGUCGACUAUCACCUCAAUACAUAUGGAUUGAACAAGAUCUUCGUUCAGUUAAUCGUUCUCGUACUCCAUGGCUUAUUGUUGGUUCACGUCGACAAUGUCGAUCAUUAAAAGUGUCGAGUAAUGAUGAAGAUGCACAGAACAAUUUAUAUUCAUAUUUAAAUUUUUCCACCAUUCGAGCUGUUACAUUUCAAUCAAUAAGGCUUCAAAAAUUAGUUUCAUUUAUUCAAUGGUUACCAAUGCAACAACUUGAAUCGAUCAAGAUUACAAAAAUGGAUUGCCAUGACUAUGCAAUCGAUAUGUAUGAACAAGUUUGGUCGAUAAUUUUAGGAGCCGGUCGUAAUCGUCUUCGACGUUUACAUGUUCCCUAUCAGUUCAAUCGAUGGAAUAUCGAUCGACUUUCGUUCGAUUUACCCACUGUCGAAUAUAUUAAUUUUGAAUACAUAUCAACUGAUCAAAUGCUAAUAUUUUUGCGUCAUACACCUAAUCUUGGUCGUUUAAAAGCACAUUUAUACGGUUUUGAUUGGGGUAAACAUCUUUAUACAUUCAAUAGUGUUCUCCCCAAACUAAAACAUCUGAAUCUGAAUUUACAAUAUUUGCGUUCAUUCGAACUACUUAAUCAUUUCUUUGUUUUAUGUCCACAUUUAACACAUUUAAUACUCAAACUCAAAGCUCGUGAAAAUACAAAGACAAUGCUCGAGCCAAAAGCGUGGCAAACAUUGAUCGAACAAUAUUUACCUGAUCUUAAAUACUUACGACUUCGAUUGAGCAUUUUUUUGAAUCAUCAACAUGACCGUCGCAAUAUUCAAUCACCAUUUGAUCAUGCAGGGUAUUGGCUUCAGCGGCGACCUCACUUUCAAGUAAUAGUCAAAAGAAAACUGUGUCCAUGGGAUAUGAGUCACAUGUGA